CUGAUUUCUGUGGCAGUUUUACCAAAGAAUCUAUAAUAGACAGUAGGUACAUGAUCGGAGCGUGCAGCGUUUAUCGUGUUUUUACGAUAAUAAACAACCAAGCUAUUAAUGUAAUGCUCAUAACAAACAAAUGAGCUCAUUAUAAUCUCUUUAAUAAAGCUGAAUAAGUUUACCGGAGUUUAGUCUAGUUGUUACACUGGUUUUGUAUACUACUUUCCACAAAAUGUCCCAGAGCAAACAAGAAUUGCGCGUUGUGACAUAUAUGUGCCCAACGCAUCCGGUUCAACUCUACGAAUUAAUACUGGAGUUACUAGAAGAAGCGUUGGAUUGUUAUACCACUUUGCAAUAUGAAAGCAGAAGCCCAGGACCAUUACCGGAUCGUCCUGAUCCAUUUUCCACUAAUAAAGUGGAUUUGGCGUUCAUGACAGCGUCUUCAUAUAUGAAACUGCGAGAAAAGAGUAACGUUAACAUUGAAUUGCUACCAGUAACACCAGUAUUCGCUCACCAGAUGAAUGUGGAAAAUAAACCAGGAUAUUUUUCUGAUAUCAUCAUUCACAGUGAUAAGAAGGCUCAUAACGUAAAUACUUUACUGGAUCUCCGCGGUUGUACAUUUGCAUACAGCGACGAGGAAUCUCUGAGUGGAAGUAAAAUUGUAUUGAAAACUUUGAAAGAAAAAGGCGAAAAUGCUUCAUUUUUUGGAUCUCUGCUAAGAUCUGGAUCACAUUUGUCGUCGGCUCAGAUGGUGCUCUCUAAACAAGCAGAAUGGGCUGCAGUUGAUUCUACAACUCUACUUUUUUCAAAAAAGUUUAUGUACGAUGGUGGCAAAGAUAUCAUAACCCUGGAAACAUUAGGUCGAUUGCCACCAUAUCCCAUUGUGGUUAAUGCUAAACUAAGUGACGAGAUAAAAAAGGCAAUAAUAAAUGCUUUACUCCGCCUACCUCAAACACAACAGUGGAAAAAUAAAUUUGCUAAAUUUGGCAUAAUCAAGUUCGAGGCUAAUAGCGAUGUCGCUUACAAUGGGUCGCCUACACAGAUGUGGGCCAUCCAAAACGAAAAACUCAAUGUUCGGUAUUAUUAGAGCAUGUCUAAUUAUUUCUUUAUUGUAUCUUAUUUAUAUUUUGUACACUGAUUAUACUCCUAAAUAAUAAACGAAUUAAUGAAUAGCA